CAUAUCUCAUUAACCUUAAGUUAAAUCACCACCCAUAUAUGGAGUUCCUCCUUCCAUCCCAAAUCACCCUUAUACCUUCCAUAAUCAUUUCCUUUCUCUUUAUCUACUACCUCCUUCGCAAAAACACUACAACCACCAACGAAAGAGCUCCACCGGAAGCCGGGGGCGGGUGGCCUAUAAUAGGCCACCUCCCCCUCUUAGCUGGCCGCAAACUGGCCCACAAGGUGCUGGGAGCCUUAGCCGACAAACACGGGCCGAUAUUCACAAUCCGCCUCGGGGCCCGCCGAGCCAUCGUAGUUAGCAAUUCGGAAAUAGCCAGAGAAUGCUUCACCGGUUCAAACGACAAGGUUUUCUUGAACCGGCCGAAAUCCAUAGCGGCGGUGCACUUGUCUCAUAACUACGCAAAUCUCGGGUUGAGCCCGUAUGGGCCCUACUGGCGCGAGGUGCCGAAGAUCGCGAUGCUCGAGCUUCUGUCAAACCACCGGCUCGCGAUGCUUAGCCACGUGUGGGAGUCGGAGGUGAAAAAUUCGGUGAAGGAGGUGUAUGAGAAGUGGGUGAAGGAGGGCAGUUGUUUGGUGGAGAUGAAGAGAUGGUUUGAGGACAUGAUCUUGAAAUUGGCUGUUCGACUUAUUGCAGGAAAUGGACAACCGGAGGUGGAUGAGGAUAUUCGGAAGGCGUUUAGGGCAUUUUUUGAGUUGAUGGGGGCGUUUACUGUGGGAGAUGCGAUUCCUUUUCUAAGAUGGUUGGAUUUGGGAGGUUACGAAAAGGAGAUGAAGAGAACUGGGAAGAAAAUGGAUGGUCUUCUUCAAGAAUGGUUAGACGAGCAUAAACGGCGAAAAAUUUCUGGUGAGGCGACGGAGGCGGUUAAAGAUUUCAUGGACGUGAUGUUGGAAAUUUUUGAUAGUGGCACAAAUAAUGCUCUCAAAUUUGAUGCUGAUACAGUCAGCAAGGCUACAUGCCAGGGUCUUACUUUAGGGGCCACAGAUACCACAACCACUACUCUUACAUGGGCUGUAGCUUUGCUCCUCGACAAUCCCCAUGUGCUAAAGAAAGCCCAAGAAGAAUUAGACAGCCAAACUGGUGGACAAAGGCAAGUAGAAGAAUCAGACAUUAAAAACCUAGUCUACAUCCAAGCCAUUGUCAAGGAAACCCUGCGUUUGUACCCACCGACCCAACUCAUGCCCCCACGGGAAAGCAUAGAGGACUGCACAGUGGGCGGGUACCACGUCCCCGCGGGCACCACCCUAUUUGUGAACUUGUGGAAGAUUCAUCACAAUCCCCUAGUAUGGCCCAACCCGUGGGUGUUUCGGCCCGAAAGGUUUUUGACGACUCACAAAGAUGUUGAUCUGAGGGGGAAGCAUUUCGAGCUGCUUCCGUUUGGGAGCGGAAGGAGAGGAUGCCCUGGAAUCUCUUUAGGGCUUCAAAUUGUGCAGUUCGCGCUCGCUAGUUUGGUACAUGCGUUUGAGAUUGCGACACCAGAUAAUGAGCCUGUUGAUAUGACGGAGAGCUUUGGACUGACCAAUGUCAAAGCAAUGCCGCUUGAAGUCGUCCUCGCUCCACGCUUGCCUUCUCGAGUUUAUGCAGGGUGCAGGUGAAUGAUUUAAAAGGUGGGAAUGUUCUAUAUAGCUUUGGGGUUAUCCAUGAUCAAGGAACUUGAUGUUUUUUGGGUUUUCCUGUUGCAUGACUUUUCAGUAAUAAUUUGUGUAGCUGAUCCAAAAAGCCGAGCUCUUUGGUGUCGGCAAUUCUAUUAGCAAUACACGCAUUCUCUGUAUCCCGUUUAUCAAGUUCUAUUUUAUUUUACUUACAUUUUAG